GGUGGCGGCUCCGGGCGGCGGCGAUGCCGGGCCGGGCGGAGCCGUCGGGGGUUCGAGCGGCGCCGGUGGCGGUGCCGGUGGCCCCGGCAGCGGGGCGGCCGGGCGGAGCGGGGCUGCGAGCCAAGGGCUUCGCCAUCACCGACCUGCUGGGGCUGGAGGCUGAGCUGCAGCCGCCCCCCGGGCCGCCCCCCGCCGCCGCCGCCGGCUACGAGAGCGGCGGGGCGAUCGGGCUGGGGCUGGGGCUGCUCUGCGGGCUCGGCGGCGCCGGAGCCCCCUGCCUGCUGCCCGCCCCGCUGCCGCUGCUGCCCGCCCGGGCCCCUCGGCAGCCCCCCGCGCCGCCUCCCGCCGCCCGCCGCCGCAGGGAGAGUGGCUCCGAUGAAGACAGCCUGUCUGGGGAUGCCAGCGACCUGAAGAUGUCCACCUCCCAGAUCAAAAGGAAGAAACGCCGGCACAGGACGGUAUUCACAGCUCACCAGCUGGAGGAGCUGGAGAAGGCUUUCAACGAAGCCCACUACCCUGAUGUUUACGCCCGGGAGAUGCUGGCUGUGAAGACAGAGCUGCCGGAGGACAGGAUACAGGUUUGGUUUCAGAACCGAAGAGCCAAGUGGCGGAAGCGGGAGAAGUGCUGGGGCCGGAGCAGCGUGAUGGCUGAGUACGGCCUCUAUGGGGCCAUGGUGAGGCACUCCAUCCCUCUGCCUGAGUCCAUCAUCAACUCGGCCAAGAGUGGGCUGGUGGGAUCCUGCGCCCCGUGGCUGCUGGGCAUGCACAAAAAGUCCAUGGAGGUGAGCAGGAAGGCAGAGAGCCAAGAGAAGCUGGCAGAUGGCUGGCGAGUGGAGCAGGAGGAGGAGGAACUCAAAGGGAAGCAGGCCAGUUCCCAGAGGGGCUCCGACAAGCUUGGCCCUGCAAAAGAUUCAGAGGACACAGCCAUUGACCUCUCCAGGACAGCCAAGCAUGACAAGAGGGGCGUCCUGAGGCAGUGCAUCAACGGAGACCCCUCCACGGAGCAGAAGGACAGGGACCACUGAGCUUGGGCUAUCCCGGAGGAGGCCAGACCUCACAGCUUCCUGGCGAGAGCAGAAUAUUUAUUGAUUUAUUGAUAUAUAUAUAUUAUUUUUUCUUAAAUAAUUGAACUUUUAUCUGAAUUCAGGGCAUUUUAAAACUGGGUACACACAUUCCCUUGUCCCCUCACUUUCGAGCUGCUCGCUUCUCGGCAGAGCCAGGGUGGAGAUUGGGAGAGGUGUCCCAAGAGCUGUGUGAAUACAAGACCGCAUUGUGGUCAGCAUGGACCGUUGCUGGGGAAGAGCCAUCCUUCCCCUCUGGGCUGUGAACGCUUCCCCGGCUGGCCAGGAACACAAAGAGCAGCAAUGCAACGGGAACGUGCGGGCGCAAAGACAGUGCAGGAGUUUACAGAUGCCUUCUCCAAGCUCUUCCACUCCCUGCACAGCACCCGCUCGGCAAGUCCCUCCGCUUUGAACACACAUUUCUUCCACCUCGGGGAGAAAGCAGCAGGGUUUUUAAACACGGUAGGGUUCAUCCUCAAGCUGGUGUAACAGGCGUGCCGGUUUAUACCUCCUGAGGAUCUGGCCUGCCAAUGCAGCCUUAUCACUGGAUUUACACUGUGUAGCUUCCUUAACUCACGUAUGGGAGAAGGGGGUAAAGACAUUUUUGUUUAUGCAAUGAUUUUCUACGCUCUUGAAUGUUACCUGCCAUACUAUGCAGAAUAGAACAGACCUUUUUGAAAGCCAAGCCAUAGUAGCCCGGAGCAAUUAAACCAUUUUGUGAAUUGACAUAAGAAGAUAUUUUGUAAUUGUCUGUAAAAAGAAGUGUUAAUGUCAGAGCUGUUUCUUGGUCGUCCUCUAUUUAUGUCUAAAAGCACUUUAGAGAUCUGGAUUUUUUGAAUGUGGCUUUUCCUGUUUUGUCCACUGUUUAUUUAUUACACAUCCAUAAAUAAAAUUGUGGUGUAUCUUUGGUUUUCGUGCUCUAUGUUGCAAUUUGCACCUUCCUUUGGCACAUCUUGUGGCAGCUGCUGGCUCCAAACAGAUCCUCUGCAGACCUGGAGAGUUCCACAUUCCAACAGGGCAAAGCAAGGCCCUCACGUGUCUCCUCAGAACUGAGGUCUCGUCCAGUGACCUCCACAUGCCAGAAGGUGAGUGAUUUGUGCAGAUCAAAGAGCCAAAUAGUGGCUGAGGGGUUAGGAGAUGGUCUGAAAUGGGGCACUGCUCCUGAGGGAGGUCACAGGGAGAAAGUUCCUCUGUUCUCCCCAAGGUUGUUGCAAAUCUUUCUUGAUACAACUCAGGUGUGAUGUUCUUUGCUGAAAUCUCUCCUGCCCUCGCAGCAGGAAAGGCGUUUUGCCUUUUGAACCUAACUCUCCUCCUCCAGUUGAUCCUGCUGCUUCAGACAGAGCAGAGAGCAGCCCCGUGUCCCUUGUGGUUCAAUGCAAGGAGCAGCUGCUCACUUAGGCUCAGUGAAGAUAUGGUGGGAGUUACCGCUGGGUGCACCUCUUCCUCCACAUGGUCUCAGCCGCUCAGGUACCCCCAGCAAGGCACAAGAGUGCUGUGGCCAUCCCACUGCCCAACUCUUGGGCCAUGACAGGUCCUCAUUUCACAGCUGGGCUGAACUGGCCCAUGCACACGCCGCGACAGCUCUCCUGGAAGACCUCCAGUUUCAU